AUGCGGAGAACAACCAUCCGCCUCUGCCACGUGUCACUCUCUACCCGCCAAUACUCCUCCACCUCUCCUCCACCGCCGGCGAGCGCCGCACCGCCGCCGCUCAUCCGAGUUUCGAACCACGUUGCCAAGCUGGGCCCGCCGAAAGCAGGCCCGAAGCCCAGGCAGCUCCUCUCCCUGCCGCCUUUCCCCGCCGGUCGACAUUUGCCGGGGAAGAAGUCAUACCACGACGGUGCCGUUUCACACGUCACAGCUGUCAGUUGGCUCCGGUAUUACUUCCAUGAGAUUGACGACGCUGCAAUUCGGUCUCAUUUCAACAAAGGCCUUGUUCAAAUGGAAUGCGAAAGCUCAAUUGGGAAGCAUAUGAGAAAGAUUAGGCCUAGUGAGGUGAUGGAGGAAGGUGCAAGAGUAUAUGUAGCCGUAUCGAUUGCGGAGAGUAAAGUUUCGAGGAGAUUCGACUGCAUACCGAGUGAGACAUUGUACCCGAAUGCAGAUGAGAUUGACUACUUGCAAAGGCUUGUCAAGUACAAGGACUCUGCUAUAAUAGUGCUGAACAAGCCCCCAAAACUGCCGGUCAAGGGUAAUGUGCCAGUCCAUAACAGCAUGGACGCAUUGGCAGCUGCAGCGUUAUCUUAUGAUUACGAUGAAGGUCCUAAAUUGGUACAUCGGCUUGACAGAGAGAGCAGCGGCAUCCUUUUAAUGGGAAGAACAAAAGAAAGUUUAUAUCUUCUUCAGUCGUUAUACACUGACAUCAACGUUGGGAAAUCAUCAUGCAGGGCUUGGAAUGAUGCAUGUAGAGCAAAAUGUCAGAGGUACUGGGCAUUGGUUAUAGGGUCGCCCAAGGAAAAGGAAGGCUUAAUAUGUGCUCCUCUUACGAAGGUGCUUCUUGAUGAUGGGAAGACAGAGCGGGUCAUUUUGGCUCAUCAAUCAGGAUUAGAAGCUUCCCAACCGGCUCUAACUCAAUAUCGGGUGCUUGGUCCUACGAUAAAUGGAUGCUCAUGGAUUGAAUUACAACCACUCACUAGCCGGAAGCAUCAGCUCCGUGUUCAUUGCGCUGAAGCUCUAGGCACACCAAUCGUGGGCGACUAUAAGUAUGGGUGGUUUGUUCAUCGGAGAUGGAAACAAAUGCCUCAUAUUGAUAUUGAGCCAGCAACUGGGCUACAAUACAAGUUGCGGAGGCCAGCGGGUCUGGAUGUACAGAAAGGAAGUGUUGUAUCAAAAGUCCCUCUUUUACAUUUACACUGUAGAGAGCUGGUACUCCCCAAUAUUGCUAAGUUCCUUUGUUUAUUGGAUCAGAAGUUAGACAACCGGUACACUGUAGAUAGUUCGAAGCCGGAUGUCCUUCGGUUUGUGGCAUCGAUGCCAACCCACAUGAAAAUUAGCUGGAAUCUCAUGUCAUCUUAUUUGGUGUAGAGGACAGGUUAGUAAGCUGUCAAUCAGCUCAGUCAUUCCCCUGAUAGAAUUGGCCAAAGCCUUCUUUUGACUACUUCUUUGAGCGCUGUAUAUAACCAAAGAACGUAGACCUUUGACGAUC